AUGUCUUCCUCAGCCUCGUCCAACUCAACCGAGACAGUCACCAAUAUCGUCUUUGGUGUCACUGCCACUACCAUUAGCAUUGUGACCGUAUGGCAAGGUCACAGAGUAUGGAAGAUGUGGCACGAAUAUGUCCAUGAUCAGGAGGAUGUGGCUCCUGACAUCGAGCUCGGUAUCCAGUCGUCCCAAUCCACGCCUAGGAGCCUCGAGGCUCCAGAACGUGACGAGGUCAUCGCUAGCUCAGCUCCGUCGGCAGACCAAGUUGGAGGAGUUGCCGAGUCCGUGGCCAUGCCUGGGUCCGUACAACACCCCGAGCUUCAGCCCACUCUGCCGAUGACCGUCGACGCCGAGGCAAGUCUCAGCUCAGCUUUGGUCCAAGGAACACCGAUUGAUAGCAACGGACUUGCUGGGGUCGACACUGAGAAUGCACAGCCUGCCUUGACAGACGUGGAGUGUCAGGAACUCCGUCCUGCCGCCAACGACCAUCUCUGA